UAUUGUGGGGACCUAUUAUAGUGGUAACGUUAAGGUUACUUCAUUAUUCGCCAGCUUCUCUUUCGAACUUUCCCGUUCCACCUUAAGUGGUGCAGCAGUAACAUUCUGGUGAUUGAGGUCCGAGGAGCCAGAACAUAUGUAGCUGCGGCACCAUUUAAGGUGGAACGAGAAAAUUCGUACAGGAAGCCUGGCAGUGUCCAGUUUUAUUCACACUUAAAUGUAGCUUUUUAGACUUAAACAUGACUGAAGUACAACUACCAGUGGACACUAUAUGGUUAUAAUAAAAACACAGCAGCCUAAAUAAGCUGUAAGAGGUGAACAGCAUCUUCAGAAAACCAAGUUAGAGAAGUUAGCUACCUAACGCUGCUGUUUAACAGUAGGUGUCUAAUCAUAUAGUAGGUGUUACGCUAUCUAGCUAGCCUCGCCGUCUGCUGGUAAGAAAGAUGAAAGGUCUGCUGGCAGCUCUUUCUGCUCAACUUUCCGCUCUGAUGCCAACAUGUGGAGCUAUGAGUCAGCGAUAAAGUCCCUCAUAAACCUUUCACCAGGACUCCGUGACUCACGCUUUUAUAUAGAGUUUGUGUUUUUAUCCGAUAAGCUGUUUUCCUUCACAGGUUGUUCACCAGCUUUGUGUUUACUGAAUAAAGUUUCUUGUGUUUUUAGUCAUAAAUUCUUUGUCAACACACAAUUCAGCCAAGUUUCAACAUUUUCUGCUACAACAUUUGAAUUAAAUAGAUUUUUAUUUAUUAUUACAUUAUUACAUAUUUGUUAUUGUAUAGGGUUAGUGUGUUGUUAUACAGUAAGUAUAACAUAGAAUUGUAUUGCCUGUUAAGUAUACAGUAGCAUGUUUUUUAUCUGGCUGAAAGUUUGUCCCUUAAAGUCCACUGAGUCCAACCUGUUGUAAAAUCUGUGAGAGGAGGAGAUCAUCUUACCUCCCUGUGACAGGCCUAUUUUUCCACUGGGAUUUGUGUGGCCGUGGCCCAGAGUGAUGUCAUCGUCCAGCGCUUUGAACCAGAUCUGACACUGAAAACUGAUUUCAGAGUCAUUAUGCAAUUCCACAGGUGGCACUUCAGGGAGAAAGGGCAGAAUCAAAGGCAGAUCAAAUGACAGGGGAUUUGGGCACAGUUACACAAUGGAGCCGGCCGAACGAUAAGGCCUGCUGUUUUUACUCUGUGUCUGGAGGCCGAUUUUACUCCAGCCAGGUUUCACCUGAAUCUCUUUGGACGGUUGUACAGGUUGACGGACACCCUGUGAGACUUCAACUUUGCGACACAGCCGGACAGGAUGAGUUCGAUAAGCUGAGGCACUUCUGCUAUUCACGUACGGACGUCCUCCUGCUCUGCUUCAGCGUGGUUAGUCCCGCCUCCUUCCAGAACGUGGGUGAGAAGUGGGUGCCUGAGAUCCGCCGGCGGUGCCCGAUGACACCCGUGCUUCUGGUAGGCACGCAGUGUGACCUGCGACAGGACGUUAAGGUGCUGAUCGAGUUGGCACGUCGACGCGAACUCCCCGUUCCUGAACAGGACGCCCGUACCCUCGCUGACAAAAUCGGCGCUGUAACCUACGUGGAAUGCUCAGCUCUCACCCAGAAGAACCUGAAGGAGGUGUUCGACGCAGCCAUUGCCGCCGGCCUUCGGCAGGCAGACAGACGGGCCAGGCGGGAACGCAAGGUCCGCAGCACGGCCGAUAAGAUGAAGAUGCUCUCCAAGGCCUGGUGGAAGAAAUAUGUGUGUAUACAAUAACAAGAACCAGUGAGGACCUUUGAGACAUUGACACAAAUGGUCAAAGUGAGAAAGACUCUCAGACAUUGGGUGCCUCAAGCAGAUGGACUCCUAAUAAGUGACUGUGGAGCUGCUGGAGUGCAGCGGUAAAGAGAUUAAGUUGUGAGGGAAGAGCAGUGUCGCUUCAGUGAGAUGUUUACCCUGCUGUGAGCCAUGCUAGCAUGUUAGCUACGAAGUCUCAGCUAUGAGCUGUUUCAUUAGCUAGGGCUGUCUUAGCUAUGCUGAACUAUUCUAGCCGGUUCCCUGAGCGGGUUUAAUGGCUAUUCAAGACAGCUACGUGUUUGGAUCUCUUAAAGAGAAACAAAAUAUUCAUCACCUUGUUAUGGUUUUGAAUCAUGCGCUCCACCUUUCUUUGUUGCACAGGAUCUGUAUUUAUUUACCAAUGUUUGAUAAAUGUGCAUAUGAUUUGUUUUCACAAUGGCAGCCACAUGCCAACACUGCUGAUCAAUCUCAGAGCUAUUCCUGUCUUGAUUAACUUUUUUCACUUUCUCUCUGUCGCACUCUGGACUGGCACAAUGGUACUUCUUUGUUGGCCAUGUUUGAGGUCACAGUUUCUCAUCUCAGCGUUUUGAUGGCUGUUGCUGUUGGUGACCACUCAGUCAAUGCUUCUCAAAGUGCAUCUCAUAUGGCAAAAAAACAACAGUAUAUUGUAACAAACAGCUCUCAUUUCAGACGCCUCAUUGGAUUAGCAUCAUUGUAGUCAUUAGCAUUGAGUAAUGGCUUAAAUCAUUUCACAACACACUAAAUCUUUUCUGGAGUUUCAAGUGAAAUUUGAUCGUCUGGAGUUUGGAGUGAAAUUUCUGGAGUUUGGAGUGAAAUUUGAUCGUCUUGACAACAUGAAUCCGUUUGUGUUUUGCUAACAGAGAACUGCACAGGGAGUGAAAGUGACAGUGUGUGGCGGCUCCCUCACCUCAGUUUUAUUUUCAUGUAAUGUAGAGCUCUUGGUGUUUUACAUAAUGACUUUAACUUAUCAGAGUGUUGCAGUGGGCCUUAUGUUUGAUUCACACUAUGACCCUAUUUCCACCUGGUCAUUUCUUGUGACUUGUAUCUGGAAUGGAACCUCAUAGGAUCCAUGCAAAUGAGCUCUUAUACAACAACCUGGUUGCUGCCUUGGUAAUCACAAUUUAACAUGCCGUUGUUCAUUUCCUUACACUGGCAGUUGAUGAAGAUGGCUGUUUAGAGUAAUUAGCCUCCUGUAAUUGUCAUCAUGGUAAUGGACCUCAUGCAUUAAAGCAUAAUAUUGUAGCAAAGCAGUGAAUAACAACAAAGUGAAAACAACAACAAUGGCAACAAGGUAAACUCAUGUUAAGAGCUGUACUGAAGAAGGAGGUCUCUUUCCCAUAAGCAGAACAAGAGGGGGAGGCACUGUCACAGUUUCUGACUAGAAUGUUUUAAAAGCACUAUGUAAAGUAGUUUUAGAUGCAUUUACACCUGCUUUUUUAAGUGAGUAAUUUCUAUCCAGAUACACUUUUGGUACUCAAGAUACAUGAACGAUCAGGUAUAAAUGGGGUCUAUGCUGUGGUAACAUGUUAACAACAUGUGGUUGCAUUUCUGCUUUAUACUUUGAACUAAAUGCAAUAGAGCUGGAUAGCCAGUGAGGUGGGGCGUAUUUGCUUCUCAUUAUUCAGAAGCCAUUUUCCUAUCAAAUGACUGAAGACAGUUGGGAAUUAGCUAAAAAAUGUAUGGCAAAAAGUGAUCAAAACAGAUAAAGUGGCAUGGCCUCUGUUUUUGUGUAACCUAUAUGCUUCAGUGCCAUAACUUUAUCAGGGUAAAUCUGUAGAUUUGUACAUUUUUACAAUGGUAUGUAAUUGUCUCUCUGCCCCUGAUCCUAUAUGAUCACUCCUUAUGGUACAUGUGAGCGAAUGUCUGACUGCUUUUUCAUGAUUAUCAUGGCAAAUAAAUUCAGUUCUUUGAACUAAAACUGA